AUGCCGUCCAAUCUACCAUACGCCGCAGAUGCAGAAAGCCCUCUCAAACCAGCAGAACUCCAAGUUCUACGCGCCCAGUACGAGAAAGAAGGUGAAUAUGUUGGAGUCCAGACAAAGUUCAACUAUGCAUGGGGUUUGAUCAAGUCGAAUCAACGGAACGAGCAACAACUCGGCGUUCAGCUGCUCUCAGACAUCUUUAAGACGACUCCGGAAAGAAGAAGAGAAUGCUUAUACUAUCUGGCUCUCGGAAAUUACAAACUGGGGAACUAUGCUGAAGCGAGACGGUAUAAUGAGCUGUUGCUAGAGAAGGAGCCCGCAAACCUUCAGGCGGCUAGUCUCAGACAAUUAAUUGAUGACAAGGUGUCAAGGGAGGGUUUGAUGGGUGUUGCCAUCAUUGGCGGUGUCGCUGUGGCGGCGGGUAUCGUUGGAGGCAUGUUAAUGAGAGGGUCCCGAAAGAGGUGA